GGUGCCGACACCUGUAAGUUUAUUUAACUUUCAGCAACGAUCGAUAUAACAAAAUCUUCGUCUACACUUUAAUGGUACCAGAGUUUUAUAAAGUCUACACAGAGUUCUUAUAAUUGAUCAGGUGUGAUGAAAGUGCUUCUGUUUUGUGUCUACUUAUGCAGCGCAGAUAUUUCUGUGGCUCAAGUUAUUGAAAUGUGUAGACCUGCCCAAGAAAACAAAGCAUACAACUUUGACUUCAUAGUACAACCAAGCUUGUUUGACCUGUCAGAGUUUCAAAUCAUGAAAGAUGACGUGGUUGUGUCCAUUGGCGAUACAGACUUACACUUCAUAGACUAUUUUAAAUCUACUGUCCAGACUGGUGUGUUCAGAGGAAUUGACAGAACACUCUCUGUUAAACUCACAAUUCACAAUGUCACACGGCGCGAUCAAGGAACCUGGAGCACGAGCUAUUUGCAUAAUGGUAGAAUGCACCUAUCCCAAGAACUUAACUGUUACCUCAAAACUUUUGUGAUACCGAAAACUGUGUCGUGUAAGAAUUAUGUCCAUGGAGGAAGACUAGACAUACAGUGCAUCGCUUUGGGAAUAUUUCCAGAAGGUAUUUGCGUGGUUCGGCUCUCAAACAAUAGGGGUUCAAUAAAGCAGCAAACAACGACCGAGUACAGACACGAGAUGAUGUUGGAAGGAAACGACUCGUAUUUCCGCUCAGCUUGUCUCCUAUCUAUAGACCUAUCCACUUUUACUCAAAAGGACUUGGACAUCGACAUCACAAUGUAUCCUAACGUUACUAAUACAUUGGAAGACUCGAACUAUGGAGCAGUCAAGUCAUUGCACUACAAACUAAUAACGCUACAAAAAAUGCUACCACAUUAUACUGUAGAUGUAGAGGCUUCCAUUCCAAGAGACUGUCUAGAGCUACCAAUAAAUGCAACUCACGUGUUAUGUGCCUAUGGAGAGAUAAUUAAUACCGCACCUGAAGAAGCAGACGUGACGGUGAAACAGGAUCUUCCAUUGGAUAACUCAGUGACAGAUAUUAUAACUUCGACUUUAAUAUCGGAAGGUGUCAUAGGGAGUUGUGAGAUCCAUACCGAUGAGGACGUUUUCGUUACAUGUACUGUAAAACACAAAAUUAAUCAAAAUGUAGCAAGCCAGCUAAUGAUCCAGAAUGGAAUGGUUGUAGAAUUUUUAACAGCUGAAGAAACAUCAACAUUCUUAAAUUCAGAUUCGAUUGCAGACGACCAAAAUAUCUACCAGACUUAUUAUAUAUAUCGCUUACCCCAGGAUCUUCUGAAUUCAGACCUUACAACUUUAACUGUUAGUCUAACGACUGCGGAAGACUGGAAAACGUUUAUGAAGAAUAUUACAUUAGUUCACAAGUCAGAAAAAACAACUUAUCAGUCACAUGACUCAAUCAAUCUGAUAACUUUUUCAAGCAUAAUAAUUGUUUUAAGUUGUCUUAUUGGAUGUAGUGUAUUCGUUUUCUGUAAAACGUUUCGUAAAUUAAACGAUGACAAAGACACUCAAUUAUAUGACGAAAUAGUCGACAUAUGAUAAUAAUAAUAAUAAUAGUAAUAAUAAUAAUAAUAAUAGUAAUAAUAAUAAUAAUAGUAAUAAUAAUAGUAAUAAUAAUAAUAAUAUAAUCUUUAUUGUCCGUAAGGAAAUUUGUCUUACAAUUUGUGCAUAACUAUAACUAACCGAUUAUUACAUUCACACAAGACUCACUAAUGAUUUACAUGUGAAAAGUUUAUAUCACAUUGUUUCUAUUUCAUGAUUUGAAAUAUCGAGCCAUAAGCCAAAUCGUAUCGCAAGAUGAUUUAUAUACUUAACUAGCUUUCGUCAAUAGCAGCAUUCAAAUAAAAAAUCAUUGUUCCCAUCCUAGACCACUACUAUAGCCAUAAUCUCCUACAUUAAUUAUAUACUUUAAAACGUUUCGCCAUAUACCUAAAUUAAAAGUAUUUAAUUUAAAUCAUAAACCAGAACCUAUUUUAUAAAUAGGUUAAUUGCAUGUAUAUAUUUUAUAAGGUCUUAUUAGUAGGAAUCAUAUUGAGAGUCAUUUUAUUUAAAUUAUAAACUAAAUUAAAAUCUAGUCAUUAAUGUACAUAGGUUUUGUUUUUUUAGAUAGUUUGCCAUGAUUAAAAUAUUUCUUGAUUGAAAACAAA